GGGUUUCAUCUCCACUUUUGAGGGGCAAACUGUCUAGUGUUUAAGUGAGACUUGUGUACGUAACUAAGAAGUAAUACGAUCUAAUACUUUGCUCUGUAAAGUUCUUUAAAUUUUCUGCAAUCUCAAGGAGUAGACCCUAUUGUAAGAGUUUGCAAGAGAGUUAUGGAUGAGCACCUUCCUCAUACGCAAAAGACCUUGAGUGGUAGAGAAUAUUCCAGAGCUGCUAAUUGGUUCAGGAACCCCAGCAAAUCAUUAGCAUUAUUUACAAGUUCAGCAACUGUUUGAAGCUGUGGCACUAUUGAACAAGUGGUAUGACAACCCAUCCUUGAGAGGAUUGCAGCAUCCCAGUCAUGUGAUCCCUACUGGCUUCCUACAAGCAAAGUCAAUGGGAAAAAUCGGCAGAGGAGGUCAUAAAUCACUCCCGUAAGCCACUCCCACUGCUUUUUCUGCUACGCAACAUCCCCCUGCCUUCACUCUCUAUCAUACAUUUGCCUGGCCAAGCUUGCGCAACAUCCCUGCCUGCCUACCCACACUCUGUAGCACUCACCUGCUGACUGGCCUUGUGAGCCAACUGGGACAGAUUUCCUGCCAGCUUCCCCAUUGAUUUGGCUUGUGGAAGUUACAAGUUGUGGCCACAUGAGGUCCUUGCUUAAUAAUCCAUGAUCCUCAUUUAACAAUGGCAACUGGGACUGUGGGAAUUGCAAUUUCUAAGUGAUGAAGAUAUAUGAUUUGGUUUAUGAUGGAAAUUACCAUCAUUAAGGAAGGACUGCCUGUAUGGCUUAGUAUGCUAUGUCAACCCAGCCAUUGUGAUUUAUAACCCAUAGUUUGUUUUUUAGUUUGUUGAGGUAAUCGGUGGUAAUAAAGUAGAUCGUACGUUGCAUGAAUAUUGUGCAAAGCAAAAUAGACUAGUGGCCUGCUUUAGAAUCGGGCGGCAUCCUGCAUUAGUUCACCCAGUGAGAACAAGGCAAAAAAGGAAUACAAGUCAGAAAUUUCUUGAUUUAUACAGGUUAACUUUUUUGCAAUAAGCAGUCAAAUCUAGUAAAAUUACUGUGAAGCAAUUCUGUUAGCAUUAAUUAAUUUGUUUCUGUUUUGCUAUUGUCUGUACCAUGUUUUUAAAGCUGGAAGGUGUUACGAUCCCAGUAUUUGCAAGUUCCAAGAAAAAAAAUACAAGACUGCGCAGGGAAGCAGGUAUCGUGGGCCACCGAGAGUAUAUUCCAUAACUCGAUGCCUGUGGGCCAGGAGCAAAGAAGGACGCAAGCAGCCACAGAUUGGUGCAAUGGAGCAGAUGACUGGGGAGAGAACUGUGAAGAGGCCUCUUCUGAGCCAUGCGGGAUUUCCAACACUUUCCCCAGAGAAACGCACUGUGCAGCUCUAUUCCAGAGGAUGAGCCUGGGGAAGAAUACAGGGGAGGGCUUUUGUAAUCUGGCUCAGGAAGAGCAAAUCAAGCCCUCCAGCUGUGUCCCCGAGUUCCAGCCCUACUUCAUCAGUGUAGUGGAUGAAGAAGACUACCUUUGUUGGGAUGAUCUGGAUCACGCUCAGAGGCUUUUAAAGGAGUAUCAGCAGAGGGAGGAUGUGGACUUGGAACAUUUGAUGUCAGCAGGUUACACCACUGAUGGUUUUGGGGAGAAGUAUGAGAAGAAUGAAGCUGAAAAGAAAAACCAGAUAUUCUACAAAUUCAUGAAAAGAAUUUCCUCCUGCCAGGAACAGAUCUUAAGAUACUCUUGGAAUGGCCAGCCUUUAUUUAUUGCCCACCCAUCUGCAGACUUGCAGACAAGAAUCCCACCCUGUAAUAACUGCAAAAGCAAGAGAAUCUUUGAAUUCCAACUGAUGCCGGCCCUAGUCAACAUGCUAAAGACCAGAGAAAAUGAUACAUCAAUAGAAUUUGGAACAGGAGUAGUAUACACGUGUGAGAAAAGUUGUUGGGUAGCCGGUUGUUCUUCACCCUCAGAAGAAUUUAUUUUUGUACAAGAAGAUCCAGACCAGCAAUUGUUUAAAUAGAGUCUAUUUAAUUCCUUGCCUAACCGAAGACACACAAGAAAACUGAAUCAGAUAUCAUGAGGCCCUGUAAUCUGUAAAAGAGAAACGUUGGUCUCCACUGGUCCUACCUGCCUAGCCUUGUCCAGGCUCAGAAGCAUAUAUUCUGCAUAUGUGGCCCCAUGCACGACUGUCAAGUACUUCAUGUUUCUGCAUUUCCUGCUACAGCUGGGCUGACCAUUCUGAGAUUGUGAGGAAAGGCAGCUAUCUGUUCUCCAUUUUGGGGAGGUCAUGGAUGUGACCCCAGAGGCUCUGCAUUUUUGGUGUUCUAGAACGGCCUUCUUCUGUCUCCCGUUUAGUCUGCCUUUCAGAGAAAGCAGAAGGCAGCUUUUCCAGCAGGCUUUCAAGACCUGAUAUCCUGUGUUGGGAUUAGUAUAUGUUCCUAUCUUGUGAGCUACCAAGAGUCAUAUGACUGCAACAUGGUAUGAAUUUGAUUAAUAAAUAUUGUACUGUUGUGAUGA